AAACUUCGAGCUCUUGUAGGUUCAUGCAGAUGUUAACAGCCUCAACUUUUCCUUCCUAAAAUGGCAUCAUGAUGGCCGGAGUUGAACCGCAGACUCCGCCCACACACUCAGGGCCGUGUACCUUCAUGUUCCAGCUUCUCCAGUCCCUGUCCUCUUCUGGCUCAUUCACUGUUAAAUGUGGCCAUAGGGUUUAAGUAAUGACUGACAGUGGAGAAGGCGACGAUGAAUUCCAGUUUCUACGGACGGGAGAUGAGGUGGUUUUGCAGAGAACCUUCACCUCCCAGGAGGAACAUGUGAAGCUAUGUCUUGCUGCCGAAGGAUUUGGCAGCAGACUUUGCCGGCUUGAGCCCACCUCUAACUGUAAGAAUGUUCCACCAGACUUGUCUGUGUGUGGCUUUGUCCUGGCCCAGUGUCUUUCUGUGCGAGCCCUGCAGGAGAUGUUGGCCCACAGCGAACACCUGGCUGCAGAGGUGGGAGCUGGAGGUAGCCAUCGCACCCUUCUAUAUGGGCAGGCGGUAUUGUUUCUACACUCAUACAGUGGCAUGUACCUCAGCUGCUUGCCUUCUUCUCAGUCUUCAACUGACAAGCUGGCUUUUGAUGUUGGCCUGCAAGAGGACAAAGCAGGGGAGGCGUGUUGGUGGACUGUCCACCCAGCAUCCAGACAGAGGUCAGAGGGUGAGAAGGUGCGCGUAGGUGAUGACCUCAUACUUGUGAAUGUGUCUUCAGAGAGAUACUUGCACCUUUCCUUUGGCACUGCAUCUGACAACAAAAGCUUGAGUGACAGUCUGAUUGUUAAUGCAGCCUUCCAGCAGACCCUCUGGAGUGUUGCUCCCAUCUGCUCUGGACGCGCCGUUGCUCAAGGAUACCUGAAGGGGGGCGAAACACUUCGGCUACUCCACAGCCACAGUGAUGCGUGUCUGACUGUUCCCUCUACAGAGCAUGGAGAGGAGCUUCAAAGGAUAAUGCAUUAUGAGAUUGGAUCAGUCUCCGGUCAUGCCCGGUCUCUCUGGAGGCUGGAGAUUCUGCGAGUUGUCUGGAGUGGUAGGCAUACAUGCUGGGGCCAGCCAUUUAGACUGUGCCACGUUACUACUGGAAGAUACCUGGGUCUUACAGAGGAGAAAGGUCUGCAGCUGGUUGAUCGGGACAAAGCUGACAUCAAUACAACCUCCUUCUGCUUUCGAUCAUCAAAGGAGAAGCUUGACACCAACACAAAGACAGAUGUUGAUGGGAUGGGAAUCCCGGAGAUCAAAUAUGGAGAUUCCAUUUGUUUUCUUCAACAUGUAGCCUCUGGGCUCUGGCUAACAUACCAAGCUGCUGAUGCCAAGUCCCAUAUGGGUGGAGCUCAGCGAAAGGCAAUUUUGCACAGUGAAGGGCAUAUGGACGACGGGCUGACACUGUCUCGUUCUCAGAGGGAAGAAUCUCAUACUGCCAGACUAAUCCGGAGUGCUGUUCUCCUCUUCACUCGCUUUGUAAGGAAACUUGAUGGUUUUAACCAAGAGGUAAAUAUCCCCUCUGUCAGCCUGCCAGUGGAGACAGUGACACGCAGUCUGCAGGAUCUGAUAAUCUAUUUCCAGCCUCCACUGGAGGGGCUAGGUCAUGAAGCUAAACAGAACAGCAUGGUGGCGCUAAAGAAUCGACAGAACAUGUUUCAAAAAGAGGGUGUGAUAGAUUUGGUCUUAGAUUGUAUUGACCGUCUACACCAGUAUAGUAGUGCUUCUCAUUUUGCCGAGGCUGUUCAGAGUGACACAGGAGAGGAGUGGGAGACCAUCGUCAACCAUUUCUAUGAGCUGUUGGCUGCUCUGCUCCGGGGAAACCGUGCAAAUUGUGCUAAUUUCUCAGGUUCGCUGGACUGGCUGAUUAGCAGGCUAGAACGGCAGGAGGCCUCUUCUGGAGUCUUGGAGGUUCUUCACUGCGUCCUUGUGGAAAGCCCUGAAGCUCUCAAUGCCAUCAAGGACCAACACAUUCAGUCUGUCAUCUCAUUUCUGGACAAGCAUGGAUGCAACCACAGGGUGCUGGAGGUGCUUUGUUCUCUGUGUGUGUGCCAUGGUGUGGCGGUGCGGUCCAAUCAGAACCUCAUCUGUGACAGUCUGCUGCCAGACAGAGAUUUGCUACUCCAAACACGUCUCGUUAAUCAGGUCACCAGCAUGAGGCCAAACAUCUUCCUAGCUAUGGGAGAAGAUUCAUCCCAGUAUCGCAGGUGGUACUACGAGCUGGUUGUGGAUCACGUCAACCCCUUUCUCACAUCUGAGCCCACACACCUGCGUGUCGGCUGGGCUUGCAUGAAAGGCUACCAGCCCAGGCCGACAGGCGGCGAGGGCUGGGGGGGGAAUGGAGUGGGAGAUGACCUCUGCUCGUAUGGCUUUGAUGGACUUCACCUCUGGUCAGGCUGUGUGAGCCGGAAAGUCAGCUCCCCGUUUCCUCACCUACUAAAAGAUGAUGAUGUCAUUAGCUGCUGCCUUGACCUCAGCAUUCCCUGCAUCUCAUUCCGGGUCAAUGGUCUACCUGUGCAGGGCAUGUUUGAGAACUUCAAUGCUAAUGGACUUCUUUAUCCUGUGGUCAGCUUCUCUGCCGGAGUAAAAGUUCGUUUUCUGUUUGGGGGAAGGCAUGGAGAGUUUCGCUUCCUGCCACCUCCAGGUUAUGCUUCGUGCUCCGAAGCUCUUCUCCCAAAAGUCAAACUGAAGGUACAGCUGUGUCAGGAAUACAUUUUGGGUCAUGGUGAAGGGAAACAAGAGCUUAUUGGCCCCUUAGUGCCUGUCACUCCAGUUACCUUCACUCCAACACCAAUAGACAUCAGUAAGGUGGUAUUGCCUCCACAACUUGAGGACAUUCGAGAAAAAAUGGCUGAGAAUAUCCAUGAGCUCUGGGUAAUGGACAAGAUUGAUCUCGGAUGGACACAUGGACCAGUGAGGGAUGAAGGUAAGAAACACGAUCCUUGUCUGGUGGAGUUCUCCAAGUUGCCAGAGCAUGAGAGAAACCAGAACCUUCAGAUGGCACAGGACACACUCAGGACCCUGCUGGCACUUGGUUUCCACAUCGGAUUGAUGGAUGAUCAUGCUGAGAAACACAUGAAAUACAUGAGACUUCCUGUCAAGUAUGAGCAGAUGACUGCGUACAGGCCUGCUCCAGUAGACCUGAGCCAGGUGUCUCUGAGCUCAGACCACGAGGAAGCAGUUAACUUGCUGGCGGAGCAUGAACACAACGUAUGGGCCAGAGAGCGAAUCAAACAGGGAUGGACUUAUGGAGUGCAACAGGAUAUAAAAGCAAAGCAGAGCCCUUACCUUCUGCCCUACAGCCUUCUUGAUGAAAGAACUCGGAGAGUGGGAAGAGAGAGUGUCAGAGAGGCUGUCUGUACCCUGCUGGCAUACGGCUACAGCCUGGAGCCCCUAAACCAGGAACGCACUACAUUAUCAAAGCCAUGUUUCUUCUCUGCUGAGAAAUGCAGAGUGUUCAGACCAGAUAAAUCAUAUGCUGUGACCCGGGGGAAGUGGUAUUUUGAAUAUGAAAUACUGACAGCAGGGAAUGUGAGAGUGGGCUGGGCCCGACCAGGCUGUACCCCAGAUAAAGAGCUUGGCACAGAUGACCAAGCAUAUGUCUUUGAUGGAUUUGAGGCUCAGUGGUACCAUCAGGGCGGCGAGCCCCUGGGACGUCCGUGGCUGAGAGGUGAUGUGGUGGGUUGCUUGGUGGACAUGGAUGAAUGCACCAUGAUGGUUACGCUCAAUGGACAGCUGCUGUUUAAUGACAGAGGAUCGGAGCUGGCUGCCAAGGACUUUGAUAUUAGAGAUGGCCUAUUACCUGUGGUUAGUGUUGGGGUGAACCAGGUGGGGAGGCUGAACCUGGGACGCCAAGUAGGCUCCUUGCAGUACUUUACUGUGUGUGGCCUGCAGGAGGGGUAUAGACCCUUUGCCGUCAACAUGGCCAGAGACCCAGCUCUGUGGAUGAGUUGGAAACAGCCUCAGUUUACCUCCAUACUACCUGAUGAUCACUAUUUGCAGGUUACAAGAGUCAGUGGCUCAGUAGAUUCCUUAUCCAGCCUGAGGGUCUCCCAGUGUAUGCAACCGCACCAUGGUGGAGAAAGUGAGAUGGGCUAUUAUCGCCUCAGCAUGUCUGUCGACUGUGCUGCAGUCCUCGGUAGCCCACCAGGGGGGGUGCUUCCUGUGGCCUCCAGCGCUCUCUCCCCAAGCUCAGAAAGGAAAGAGCAGGAGGAGGUGGACUCUGACUUUGAGGUGCUGAUGAAGUCAGCCCACAGCUAUGCUGGUUCAAGAGAUGAGCUCAACCAUAAAGAUCAUAGUCACGACAAAACAUCGAGACUGAAACAGCGGUUUAUGCUGAAGAAGACCAAACCAGGCUUAGUCAGCAGUAACUCAUCUGCACGGCUCCUCGAAGACGUUGUAGUUGACAAGGAUAACUAUGAUCAUCUUAUCCAGAGCUCCAGAUAUUACUACUCAGUGCGGGUUCUUCCAGGCCAGGAGCCAUUCAAUGUGUGGGUAGGCUGGGUGACCUCUGACUUUCAUCAGCAUGACAUGACAUUUAACACUGACAAUGUCCACACUGUGACUGUCACCCUUGGAGAUGACAGUGGCAAAGUCCAGGAAAGCGUAAAGCGGUCUAACUGCUAUAUGGUUUGUGCUGGAGAGGCAACAGGCCUGUCUCAGAGUCGGAGAAGCACAGGAUUGGAAAUUGGCUGUUUGAUUGACACAACCACUGGUCUGCUUACAUUUACCUCCAGUGGAGUGGAGAUGGCCACUUUCUACCAAGUGGAGGCAAGUACAAAGCUCUUUCCUGCUGUUUUUGUCAAACCCACAACCAAAAACAUGUUUCAGUUUGAACUGGGACGCAUCAAGAACGUGAUGCCACUGUCCUCAGGUUUGCUUCGGAGCCAGUCAAGGAACGUCACUCCUCAGUGUCCUCCUAGGGUUCAGGUCCAGCGGCUGAGGCCUGCUUCAUGGACUAGAGUACCAGACAGAGCACUGAAAGUGUUGGUUGAUCGACCAGAUGAACGUCAUGGCUGGAGAAUUCAAUGCCGUGAGCCCUUACAAGCCAUGAUCCUUCACAUUCCUGAUGAAAACAGGUGUGUUGACAUUUUGGAACUGUCGGAGCUUGAUGACCUCUUGACCUUUCACCACAAUACCCUCCUGCUCUACUGCUCUUUAUGUGCCCUUGGCAACACCAGAGUUUGCCACGCCCUCUGCAGUCAUGUGGACCAGUCGCAGAUUCUUUAUGCUAUUCAGGAUCCCUACCUCCCUGGCCUGCUUCGGUCUGCAUUUUAUCAGCUGCUUUUUCAGGUUUUCCUCAGCAGCUACACCACAGCCUGUUUGAUGAUGAACCAUGAAUACAUAGUUCCUAUGACUGACCAAACCAGAGAAAUCACCCUUUAUCCCAGUCCUAUUAAUGGUGGGGAUAGACAACCUCCAGAGGGAAUACCAAGUGCUAGUUGUAGCACAUCCCUUAAACCUCAGAUACAUUUUUCAACUCCUUGCUUUAUCAGAAGUGAUUGCAUGGAAGGAGCUAGUGCACUGGAAAUAGCCUGCAAAGACAGCCCAGAAAUCCCUCUGGACGUAUUGAAGAAUCUUACCGUGGAGAUGCUGACUGCUGCAGUUUGGGCUGUGGGUCAGGAUGUAAGGGAUCCUGCAGGAGGCAAUAUCGAACUUUUGCUCGUUCCUUUAUUAAGACUUUUCUACAGCCUCUUGGUUAUGGGGGUGUGUAGGGAUGAAGACUUAGGGAAGAUUCUUAGACUCAUGGAGCAAGGUGCAUUUGCAAGGCCUGGAACACCCAUAGAGAAGUUGGAAGAAGAAACUAGUGAUGAUGAAGAAGAGCAGAAAGGAGUGAUCACUGAAGAAAGUAACACUGUUAAACGAGGACUUCUUCAAAUGAAGCUUCCAGAAGCUGUCAAACUUGAGCUCUGCCACCUGCUAUCCUACCUGUGUGACUGCCAGGUUUGCCACAGGGUAGAAGCUGUGAUUGCUUUCUCCGACAGCUUUGUUGGCCAGCUGCAGGAGAACCAGCGGUUUCGCUACAACCAGGUCAUGCAGGCGCUCAACAUGUCUGCUGCCCUCACUGCUCGCAAGACAAAGGAGUUCCGGUUACCUCCACAGGAGCAGAUCAAUAUGCUGCUGAGCUUCAGAGAAGAUACGCAGCAGGAGAACUCUCCGUGUCCAGUGGAAAUCCAGGAGCUUCUUCAAGACUUCCAUCACCUCCUCAAGACACACUGUGGCAUUGAUUUGGCCAGCACCUCAGAGGAUGAAGAGGAUGCAGAGAUGUCUCUAAAAGAACGACUUCUCAAUCUUGUGGCGAGACUCAUUGGCCGUAAUAUGUCAUCAAUGAAUAUAGACGGGUGUUCUUCACACAGCCCUAAGUCCCUCAAAAAGAUGAUUUCUGAAACAAUGGUGCGCUGGGCUCAAGAGAGUGAGAUUGAGGACCCUGAACUAGUCAGUGCUAUCUUCUCAUUGCUGCACCGCCAGUAUCAGGGCCUCAGGUCCCUAAUGGAAAGACCCUUAUUCAAAGCUUAUACCAUCAAGCAGUCGUCACUGGAGGACACCAUGGCACUCUUGUCCUCCUUGGGCCAAAUCCGCUCCCUCCUCAGUGUUCGCAUGGGGAAAGAGGAAGAGAGGUUGAUGAUCAGACGACUAGGAGAUAUCAUGAAUAAUAAAGUUUUCUACCAACAUCCAAACCUAAUGAGGGCAUUGUCGAUGCAUGAGACUGUGAUGGAGGUGAUGGUCAAUGUUCUUGGAGAAGGGCAAAUAAAGGAGAUUACCUUUCCUAAGAUGGUUGCCAGCUGCUGUCGAUUCCUGUGCUAUUUUUGCCGUAUCAGCCGACACAAUCAGGGAGCCUUGUUUGACCACCUCAGCUACUUAUUGGAAAACAGCAGUGUCGGGCUAGCUUCGCCGUCCAUGCGUGGAUCCACUCCUCUGGAUGUGGCUGCAGCUUCGGUUAUGGAUAAUAAUGAAUUGGCCUUAGCACUGAGGGAAUCAGACCUGGAGAAGGUGGUUCAGUGCCUUGCUGGCUGUGGUCUCCAGAGCUGUCCAAUGCUAGUGGCAAAAGGUUAUUGCGAUAUAGGGUGGAACCCUGUGGAGGGCGAGCGUUAUCUGGAUUUUCUACGUUUUGCUGUCUUCUGCAAUGGUGAGAGUGUCGAGGAGAAUGCUUAUGUGGUGUUGAGGCUGUUGAUUCGUCGACCUGAGUGUUUUGGCCCCGCGCUGCGAGGUGAUGGGGGAAAUGGUCUCUUAGCAGCCAUGGAAGAAGCCAUCAAGAUCUCUGAAGACCCUUCUAUGGAUGGUCCUUGUACUACUUAUCAGUCCAACAGAGCGCUAGAUGUUGUCCAAGACAGCGAUGAUGAUGUCAUUCACAUGGGGCACGCCAUCAUGACCUUCUACUCAGCUCUUAUUGACUUGCUCGGUCGCUGUGCUCCGGAGAUGCAUUUAAUUCAAGGAGGCAAAGGAGAGGCAAUCCGUAUCAGGGCCAUUCUGAGGUCUCUCAUCCCUAUUCAGGAUCUUCAGGGAGUCAUCAGCAUCUCCUUUCAAAUCCCUUCAGUCUCUAAAGAUGGUACAUUGGUUGAGCCUGACCUAUCUACAGUGUUCUGCCCAGACCACAAGGCAGCCAUGGUGCUGUUCCUGGAUCGGGUUUAUGGCGUUGAGAGUCAGAGUUUUCUUCUCCACCUUCUAGAAGUUGGCUUUCUGCCUGACCUUCAGGCAGCUGUCUCUCUUGACACUGCUGACCUAGGAUCCACUGAUAUGGCUCUGGCCCUCAAUAGAUACUUGUGUACUGCUGUUCUUCCCCUUCUCACCAAAUAUUCAGUUCUUUUCCAUGAUUUAGAGGACCACAUCUUGCUGGUUGAUUCUCUCAUUCAGGCAGUCUACCGCCUCUCGAGGGCUCUUAGCUUGACCAAGGCUCAGAGAGACACCACAGAAGAGUGUCUGUUGGCUUUGUGCAGUAAACUCCAGCCACCUGUGAUGCAGCCUCUCCUUCGUCGGCUUGUCUUUGAUGUCCUUCAUCUGACAGACCACAGCAAAAUGCCUCUAAAGCUCUUGACCAGUCACUAUGAGCAAAGGUGGAAGUACUACUCCCAGUCUGGCAGGCAGGGUGAGCAAGGUUGUGCAUCUGAAGAAGAACUCUAUCUGUCUACAAAGUUGUUCUGGGGGGUGUUCAAGGCCUUAGCCAAGAAGCCCCAGAUGCUUCAGUUAUCGAGUCUAUGUGUGCAGUGCCUCUCUGCAGUGGCCAUGGCCCUGCCUCCUGAUCAUAUGGAACAAAACUGCUUGUCGCACAUUGAGAGAAUAACCUCCAUGGAUACAGACGGACACUUUGACUCCCAGCCUGUAGAUACAUCCAAUGUGUCAGUGCCAGAGAGGCUGGAGUUUGUUGUGAACAAGUAUGCCGAGCAUACUCAUGAAAAGUGGUCACUGGAAAAGUUUGUCAGUGGCUGGGUCCAUGGAGAGCACCUAUGUGAGAACACCAAAGUUCACCCUCGCCUCAAGCCGUACAGGGCUCUGGCUGAAAAGGAGAAGGAGGCAUACCGCUGGGCUAUCAAAGAGACAAUAAAGACUAUGCUGGCCUUUGGCUGGAACAUAGAAAGGACUAAAGAAGGAGAUGCGUUUAGCAUGCAUCCAUGCACAUGCAGGGUCUCUCAGUCUGGACAGCUGUCAUUUGAAGGUGCAUCAACCUUCAGCCCCAAACCUGUGGACAUGAGCUGCAUCACCUUAUCAUGGGACCAAUGUGCCAUGGCUGAACAGCUGGCUGAAAACUACCACAAUGCCUGGGCUAAGACGAAGAAAUUAGAACUUGAGAGUAAAGGAGGAGGUAGCCAUUCGCUGCUUGUACCUUAUGAUACCUUGAGUGCCAAAGAGAAGGCUAAAUUCAGAGAAAGAGCUCAGGAUGUCCUCAAGUUCCUUCAGCUCAAUGGCUACACUGUGUGGAGAGAUCGGAAGUCAGUGGAAAUGGACUUUCCAGCCAUAGCCAACUGCUUUGCAUACACGCUGCUUCAGCGACUCCUGUCUCACACUGAGGAGGCCCAAGAGAACCUUUUAAAGCUUGAGGUGAUGCAAGCCAGAGGACAGAUGUCUAAGGGAGAGAGGGCUCCACAUGAGCAACCAGUCAUUUUUUUUCACAAGGUUAUCCUUCCUCUUUUGGAACAGUAUGUUAAAAGCCACCGUCUGUAUUUCCUGUGUGCUUCCUCAAGUGAUAAUAGAAGCCAUGCCUCGAGAAAGGAAAAGGAGAUGAUUGCAUGCCUCUUUUGUAAGCUUGCAGCUCUUGUAAGACACAGGAUCUCAGUCUUUGGAAGAGAAGCCUCGUCAGUUGCAAGCUCCCUCCACGUUUUGGCUCAGGCUCUUGAUGCCAGGACUUUAAUGAAGUCAGCACCAGAGUCUAUUCAGACAUCUCUGCAUUCCUUUUUUAAGGCAGCGGCGUCUGAUUUAGAGAUGACUGUGGAAACCCUUUCUGAGAGCUUAGUUUCACUGCCUCAGAGUAGGAGUCAGCUGGCAAGAGGAGUAGCCAAGGUUCUCAACUACACAACCUCCAUCCUUCUCCCUACACUCACUUCUCUAUUCCUUCAUCUUGGAAACCAGAACCAUGGAGUAGAUCUCCUGGCUGGUGGUAUACAGGUAUCCUGCUACAGGAUCUUAAACAGCCUCUAUGCUCUUGGAACCAGUAGCAGCAUCUACAUGGAGGGGCAUAGGUCAGCAGCAGGUGCUUGUCUGGCAGCCUUGACAGGAGCUUUCCCCGUGUGUUUCCUGGAGCCAGAUCUAAACCAAAACAACCCUUACUCCAUCUACAAUAUGAUGACUGCUACUCAGAUAAAAGACCAGGGAUUGCCAGAUCAGGUGGAGGACAUGUGUCCCCUCCUACCUUCUCUGGGACAGGCGCUGAGGGAAGUGGAGGAGCUGGCAGGUGCUGGAGCUCACCAGGCCCACUACAUCCAUGUUGCAGAGGUUACUUUGCCCAUGUUGUGCAGUUACAUUUCCCACUGGUGGAACUUGGGUCCUGAGGGCCAGCCAGAAAGGCCAGUGUGUACCUCUGUCGUUCCUAAGCAUGCUAGUGACCUACUUGGCAACAUCCUGCGUAUCAUCCACAAUCAUGUGGGUGCUAGCCAGGGUGACUGGAUGAAACAGCUGGCAGUUUUUUCUCAGCCAGUCAUAUGCAAAGUCUAUCCUGAGCUGUUAAAGAGCCACUUCCUGCCACUAAUGGAGAAGCUGAGAAAGAGGACAGAAUGUGUGUUGGUAGAGGAGGAGCAGAUGAAAGCAGAAGGUGGAGAUACCUCUGAUGCGGAGUUGCAGAUACAAGAAAAGUUCACUAUGCUAGUCCGAGACCUCUACGCCUUCUUUCCCCUCCUCAUCCCAUUUGUGGAUACUCAUCGAGCCAGGUGGCUGAAAGACCUGAACCCUGAGGCUGAGCAGCUGUUCAGCAUGGUGGCAGAGGUCUUUAUAUUCUGGGCCAAAUCCCAUAAUUUCAAAUGGGAGGAACAGAAUUAUGUUGUUCAAAAUGAAAUCAACAACUUGUCUUUCUUGGCCAAUAAUGACAAAACAUUCAAGCUUGACAAUGAGAAGAGGAAGAUGAGGAGGAAGAGGGGUUGUUAUUCCACCAACACCUCUCUCAUUGUGGCUUUAAUGAAGAGGCUGACCCCUGUGGGACUCAGGGUUUGUUUUCCGAGCGAUCACAGUCUCAUCAUCUUGGCUAAGAAUGCCUUCUCUCAGAAGACCACUGAGAAUGAGAUCCGAGAUCAUAUUUUCAAUUGCGUUGCACAUCUUCAGAAUCAGUCGGGCGCAGAUUUAGCUAAGUUGGAUCAGCAUGUAGUCCGGAUGAGCCGGCCCGGGUUCGACCAUGGGCGGGGAUCAGACAGUUUAAGACAGAAGAUUCUUACAGAGCUCCCAAACCAACCCGGGUACAUCAGUGAUGCAGAAAAGACUGUUGACAGGAUUAUGGAAAUAGCUCGAGUCCUUUAUUAUCUUGACCAGGUGGAACACCCACUGAGAAACAAAAAACCUGGCAGACACACAGUUUUAUCGAAACAGAGGAAACGUGCAGUGGUGGCCUGCCUGAGAAUGACUCCACUCUAUAACCUACCCAGGCAUCGAGCUGUUAACCUGUUCCUUCAAGCCUACAAUAAAUCCUGGAUAUCUGCUGAGGAGCACAGCUUUGAAGAGACACUUGUGGAGAAUUUAGCUAAGAGGGGGGUAAUGGAACCGUAUGUAGGUGGAAGAGGUGAAGAAAAGGACGUGAAGGAAGGUGCCAAACCAAUCGAUCCUCUCCUACAACUCAUUACACUCUUCAGUCGAAACGCCCUGACAGAAAGCAGUAAGCUUGAAAUUGACAGUCUCUAUAAGUCCUACGCUGCUAUUAUGGCCAAGAGUUGUAGCAGAGAGGGGGAAGAGGAAGAGCAGGAGGUGGAAAGCUUUGAAGAGAAGGAGAUGGAGAAACAGAAGUUGCUGUACCAGCAAGCCAGGUUACAUUGUCGUGGAGCUUCUGAGAUGGUCCUGCAAACUAUCAGUGCCAGCAAAGGAGCCAUAGGCUCCAUGAUUGCCCCUACGCUGAAGUUAGGCAUUGCUAUUCUCAGCGGAGGAAAUGCCAGUGUUCAGCAGAAAAUGCUGGAUUAUCUAAAAGAGAAGCGAGAUGUGGGCUUCUUUCAGAGCAUGUCUGGGCUCAUGCAGUCAUGCAGUGUUUUGGAUCUGAAUGCCUUUGAGAGGCAGAACAAAGCAGAGGGAUUAGGCAUGGCCACGGACGAGAGCUCAGGAGAAAAGGUGAUGCCUGACAAAGACCUAACCUGCGACUUGUUCCGUUUCCUUCAGCUGCUCUGUGAAGGACACAACUCAGAUUUCCAGAAUUACUUGAGAACACAAACAGGCAACAACACCACUGUCAACAUCAUUAUAUCCACCGUAGACUAUUUACUAAGGAUACAGGAGUCCAUCAGUGACUUCUACUGGUACUACUCGGGUAAGGAUGCGAUUGAUUCACAAGGUCAACACAACUUCUCCAAGGCCAUCGAAGUGGCCAAACAGGUCUUCAACACACUCACUGAGUACAUACAGGGCCCGUGUACUGGGAACCAGCAGAGUCUAGCUCAUAGUCGUCUUUGGGACGCUGUUGUGGGAUUCCUCCAUGUCUUUGCGCACCUGCAGAUGAAGCUCUCUCAGGAUUCAAGGCAAAUAGAGCUUCUGAAGGAGCUCAUGGAUUUACAGAAAGAUAUGGUUGUGUUUUUGCUUUCCAUGUUAGAAGGUAAUGUUGUCAAUGGAACUACUGGAAAGCAAAUGGUGGAUAUGUUGGUGGAAUCGUCAAGCAAUGUGGAAAUGAUUCUCAAAUUUUUUGACAUGUUCCUCAAACUUAAAGACCUCACCUCCUCAGAAGCCUUCACAGAACAUGAUCCUGAUCGUCAGGGAAGCAUAUCCAGGAAGGAGUUCCAGAAAGCCAUGGAAAACUGCAAGCAUCUCUCGCACACUGAGAUCCACUUCUUGCUUUCGUGCAUGGAGACUGAUGAUGGUGAAAUUGUGAACUAUGAGGCCUUUGUGGAUCGCUUCCAUGAGCCAGCAAAACACAUUGGCUUCAGCAUCACCGUUCUCCUCACCAAUUUGUCAGAACACAUGCCCAACGAUUCAAGACUAAAGACAUUCUUGGAACUGGCAGAAAGUGUCUUGACUUACUUUCAGCCCUGUCUAGGACGCAUAGAGAUCCUCGGCAGUGGGAAGCGCUUCGAACGCGUCUACUUUGAGAUCAGUGAAUAUAGCCGUACACAGUGGGAGAAGCCACAGGUUAAAGAGUCGAAGAGGCAGUUCAUUUUUGAUGUCGUCAACGAGGGCGCAGAGAGAGAGAAAAUGGAAAUGUUUGUCAAUUUCUGUGAGGACACCAUUUUUGAGAUGCAGCUUGCUGCUCAGAUAUCUGGCUCUAACACUGGAGAAAGGAAUACUGGGAAACAAGUCGAGGAUAAACGACACCUGGACGAUCAGGGAAUGUUUUUCAUGAUUCAUUGGUGGCUAUUUCUGUCAACUCUACUUUCUCUGAUAAACCUAAAGACACUGAUGAAAAUGACCCUGAAGGAUAUCCUCACGUCGGCUGCUCUAUUCGUCCGAUUCAUUUGUAUGGCUCAGGUACGGUGCAUUUAUGUUUUAUUUCGCAGCAUCUUGUACGUGCUGUACAUUGCUUUUGUGAGUGGUGGGCUCAUAGAGGGAGCCAAAAGGAUGAGGAUAUCCGACUUGCUUGGCGGUAUCCUUGAACCAACUCUUGAUGAGGUCACGGAGGUGCCAAGUGGUGUGGAUCAGCCGAGGAGGUACUCUGCCAGUUUCUCGUCCCACAGAGAAUUGAGGGAGAUUGGGCAGAUGGGAGCUGUGACCUCCCCCAGAGAGGUGGAUGUACUGUCAGGCAUUUUUGGCCUGAAACUAAAGAAAGAGGAAGGUCGAUACAAACUUGUAGCACAAGACCUCACUGCCAGUCUGGAUGACCUGUUCAGCACAAGUUCCAGGACCAGUGCUUCCUCUGAUAUUGAAAAGCAUCAGAUAACGCAGCAAAUUAAGGAUCACACAACCACAGAGGAAAAAAAUGAAGACAAAAGAAUGAAGACUGAAGAGAAGAAGUCUGAGAAGAAAAUUGGAAAUGAGAAAGCAAAGGCAAGAGGGAGAGCCAAGAGAUUCUCAAAUAAGUUAAAAGAACCACAGAGCCAACAAUCUGCCCUUUGGGAGACAAUUGGCACUCAUAACAAGAGCCUGCUGAACUAUUUUGCAAGGAACUUUUAUAAUCUGCGCUUGCUGGCUCUUUUUGUCACCUUUGCAAUCAAUUUCAUCCUUCUGUUCUACAAGGUAACAUCGUUCCCUAACCUGAAAGAAGAGGAAGGAAUGACCACAUCUGUUUACGGUGAAGAACUGAACUCUGAUGCUGACAACAGCGAGGGCAGAGUGUAUUUUGUACUUGAAGAAAACAGUGGAUACAUGGAGCCCUCUCUCAAUUUCCUGGCUGUAGCACACACAAUCAUCUCCUUCUGUUGUAUUAUUGGUUAUUACUGCCUCAAGGUACCAUUAGUAAUCUUCAAACGUGAGAAGGAAGUGGCACGAAGGCUGGAGUUUGAUGGGCUCUAUGUGACAAAACAGCCUCCUGAGGAAGACAUCAAAGGCCAAUGGGACCGACUGGUCAUUAACACCCCAUCAUUUCCAAGCAAUUACUGGGAUAAAUUUGUGAGGAGAAAGGUGAUGGAUAAGUACGGUGACUUUUAUGGCUGCGAGAAGAUAAGUGAACUCCUAGGUCUGGACAAGGCUACUUUAGACCUUAGUUCUGAAACAAAAACAAAGAAGAGGCUCAAGAGAGACGCUGCCUGGAGUGCUCUAUGCAACUCCAUUGACAUGAAGUAUCAGGUGUGGAAACUAGGUGUAGUUUUCACUGACAAUUCCUUCUUGUACUUGGCAUGGUACAUGACCAUGUCGUUUCUGGGACAUUAUAACAACUUCUUCUUUGCUGCCCACCUUUUGGAUAUCGCUAUGGGUUUUAAGACGCUUCGUACCAUCCUCUCCUCUGUCACACAUAAUGGCAAACAGUUGGUCCUUACUGUGGGCCUCUUGGCUGUUGUGGUGUACCUCUACACUGUUGUAGCCUUCAACUUCUUCAGAAAGUUCUACAACAAAAGUGAUGACAAGGACAUCCAAGACAUGAAGUGCAAUGACAUGCUUACUUGUUACAUGUUCCACAUGUAUGUGGGAGUGCGUGCAGGCGGUGGAAUCGGUGAUGAGAUCGAGGAUCCUGCUGGAGAUGAGUUUGAGGUGGAACGGAUUGUCUUUGAUAUUACGUUUUUCUUCUUUGUCAUUGUCAUCCUCCUGGCCAUUAUCCAGGGGUUGAUAAUUGAUGCCUUUGGAGAGCUUCGUGACCAACAGGAACAGGUGAAGGAGGAUAUGGAGACGAAAUGUUUUAUAUGUGGAAUAGGAAGUGAAUACUUUGAUACAGUUCCUCAUGGCUUUGAGACUCACACGCUUCAGGAGCACAACCUGGCCAACUAUCUAUUUUUUCUGAUGUACCUUAUUAACAAGGAUGAGACAGAACACACGGGGCAGGAAUCUUAUGUGUGGAAAAUGUACCAGGAGCGUUGCUGGGAAUUCUUUCCUGUGGGAGACUGUUUCCGUAAGCAAUAUGAGGAUCAACUGGUAUGAAAUAACCUGAGAGGUCUAAAGCCUCCCUAGUGUCACAAGACAAAGUCCGUCUUGAUUUAUGCCUUUGGAGUUGCUAAUUUGCCUUGAGUUCUGUGUGUGUUUCUACUGUAUUGAUAUUAGAUCGCAGCGUUCUUUUUCUUUUUUUUUUUCUUUUUUUUUCUCUUUAAACACAAGUAUUUCUAAAUUACUAAAUUAAUUGGAACCAAAAGAAUGAGAACCACUUGUUUAUGUUCUCAUACAACAUUAGUGUGUGAUGUAUGUAUUGGCAGUCCUGUGGGAGGAAGCUAUUCAUUUGAGUGGUUAAGACUACAGCAGCAUCUGUAGUAAUGUGGCUUUUUACUGUUUCAUAAAUCAUUAUCUGUCACAGUCAAAGCUGGCAAUCGAAAUUCAGUUCGAGGCAUUUUUUUUCUUGCUGGAUGUGUGUCGUGUUUUCUGAAUAAAUUGAUUUGUUUUUCUAAUCAGAGCCUCCCAUUCCUUCCUCCUGUGACAUCCAUAUAAACACUCUCCCUCUGGCAUUUGCUCUUUUUUUUUUUUACUCUCCUCUGUUUCUUGUGGCUCUCUUGUCUUGUCUGUUGUGCUCAUCUCUCCAGGAUCCUUACCCUCCGGUCUUUGCUGUUCCCCCCUCCUGCGUUCCUUCUGCUCCCCUGCAAUUCCUCGUAUCGAGCUCUUUCCCACCAUCAUUGUCAGCUGUGGUAUAGCACGCUAGCAGAUCUCUCGCUAUUCAGGUCAAAACAAUGUUUCUGACACCUGUCUCUGAUGGCCGAAAAGUCCUGAGGGAGUUCGUGGGUAUAACUCAAUGACUAAAAGAGUGUGCUGAGUUGUGUUAAAUUGUUACAUCAUGCUGAGGUUAACAACAGGAUGACAGGAGUUGGAGUGCCACCUACAGAUAUUGUCCUCAUUAUGCAAAGGUCACACUGAGUCGAACAGAUGUACCGCUGAUAUGGAUUCAGGUUGUUUUUGAGCCAUGACCAUGGCACAGUAUUGUUAAAAUAUUGUGAAAAAGGUGGGAAACUGAUGCGGUUUAUGUCAAAAAAUAUUACCAAGUACCCAAUUUAUAAUUUAAUUCAUUAAUUAAUUUUAAUUUGUUAAAAACGAACGACAGUUGCAAAUGGUUUCUUUUCUAAACACAUAUACUUUUUCCGUCUCUAAGAAAUUUUAAGCUUAACAUUUACACACUCAGGCCCCAAUGCAUUGAGGACAACUUACGGUUCAGUAUCUUGCUCAAUGAUACUUCAAAAUGUAACUUGGAAGAGAGAGGGAUUAAAGCAAAGGGAUGAAUGUGAGGGGAAACAGGAAAGUUCAGCAUGCAACAACUGUGACAGAAUUUCCAUGUAACUGUAGAUAUAUAGAAAUGACUCAAGUGUGAGUUGUAGUCUGGCCAUGUAGUGGAUGCUGUGGGGCUCUCUGUGCACAAAUACAUCAGUCAGAUGUAUAAAAAAAAAAAAAAGACAAUUGCAUUAAUUUUGUUCAAAUUAUUAACAUAAACAAUCUCAUCAAUCAAAAGACUGAGUUUAUGGCAUGGAAGACCAGCGUCCGUCCAUCCACGUUUCACAAGAAUUGCUGCUGUAAGUCAGAAUUCUCAUUCAAACUUGCAUGCAGUGUUGUAAAGGUUGCUUUUUAGUUUUAUGGAUUCUUUUCACAGCACAACCUUUAUGUGCACAACGUAAAUAUCCCGGUGCUGGCCAAUUCUGUGUCACGCUCUAUUUUCAUGCUUUUUUUUUUUUUUUUUAUAGCCAUGGUUACUGCUGACCAUGUAGUUGUAAUAUUCCUGAACUGUAACGCUUUCAUUUUUUGGUAGAUAUGAUUAUUUUGUCCUGGAUAUGAUUGUUUGACUUCUCAAUAAAUUACAAAUGUCAUUAGUUUGUACAGUGCAGCCAACCGAUGGUACCAGAACUUGUCACUUUCUUUCUUUACCUCACACAUUACAGUAAUCUGUGAAUUGUGAUGGAUCGUGAGCUGCUAUGUCUGUUAUUGAUGUUCUGAUGAUUACUUUGUAACAGAUUCUAUGGACCACCAUUGAACAUCAUACC